GUGUGUGUGUGAGUAUUUGUGUCGCUUGUUCCCUCUCCUUCUUGGUCUCGGUGUCAAUAAGUUACUGUUACAGUGGUGGCUGCCGCUUAAUCCUUCACCGCACACGGUGGUUUAAUCAAAUCGCCAAAACGGGUCUCCCUCUGUGGAUGCUUGGUUUCGGUGCGGACCUCUUGUGGGCCGACAUGAACCGUCUUCUUGCUUUUCUUUUCCACCAGGGAGUGUUGGAUGAACAAUUUUUGCAGCUUCAACAGCUGCAAGAUGAGGCUUCUCCAAACUUCGUCUCUGAGGUGGUCAACAUUUAUUUUCACGAGUCCGAGAAACUACUCAACAAUCUCAGAGGAUUGCUAAUGGAGAAGGAGUUAUCAGACUACAAGAAAAUUGGAAUCCAUUUGAAUCAGUUCAUGGGUAGCAGCUCAAGCAUUGGUGCGAAGAGAGUCACAAACAUUUGCGUUGCAUUUCGUGCUGCUACAGACCAGAGCAACCGUGCAGGAUGCUUGCGAGCGUUGGAGAUGCUGGAGCAUGAAUAUUGUUAUCUCAAGAACAAGUUGCAUGAAUUGUUCCAAAUAGAGCAGCAACGUGCUUUGGUCGCUGGAGUGAGAUACCCAGUGCAGAACCAAUAAUGCAACUGAAUUGGUGGAACAUAUCUGAAUCAUUUUGCUUUGCUUUGCAAGGUUAAAGGCACGCAUUUCUAUAUAUAUAAAUAUAUAAAUAUAUACACCUAGGUUAUGUGGGGAAUAGGAACAUGCUAUAUAGGGUUCAUCAUGACCUUGGGUAUUUGAAUUCUCUUGUACGUAAAUGGUGGUAUCAUGCAAGCUCUUGCACCAUGCUUUGCUUUACGUCCUUUAACUU